AGAAAAAGAAAGUCGAAGAAAAACCCUCCGAGAAAUUAAAAACAGUAGACACUGGCAAGAAAACUUCCAAAAAUGCAAGAGACAGCAACGGAUAAGGGGAGAAGCUAAACCCAUAGCCAGCCUGCGACCCUAUUCUUUCCGAGCUUCUAAGAAAGGCAUCAAUGGCGUACCUCAGGACCGCCAUGGAUUCCGCCUUCUGGGAUUUGAACAUUUCUUCCCCUCAAACCCUCGCCGGAACCGCCAAGGCCGUACCCGGUGAACCAUUUCCCCUCGAUGGAGCUCGAGCCAGCCGUAGCCUGCGGAUUCAGCAAAUCUCCCUCCUCGGCAAUGGAUUUCCUCUCGGAAUUAUUCCUUCAUACUCUCCCUCUUCACAGAAGGAGUUAGGUUCCUUUUCUCUUCAGUCGCUCUUGUUUAGGUUGCCCGCGGCUGAUUGGUGGGUUGGACUGAUUGGCCAAUUUCGUCCAAAGAAACUGAUAUCUUCUAUAAAAGCUGAACUUUCUGCUGCGGACAGCCUUGAGCUCCCUGUCUUGAAAGAUGUUGCUAGACAGUUUCUGGACAAGUCACUCUAUACGUAUGGACUAUGCUCUCAGUUUUCUCCUAAUCCAUUUUCAUCUGUAUAUGUCAGCACAGAAGCGCAUGGUGAGAGGAAAGGGUGUCGCCACAAAGCGAUGUUUUACCACAAGCUUCCUCAUCAUGAUAUAAACGUGGAUGCGGCUUGGCCAGAGCUCUUUAUUGAUCAUAAAGGUCAGUAUUGGGAUGUGCCCGAGUCUAUAUCUUUGGAUCUUUCAUCUCUUAAGUCCGAAUCUGGGUUGCGAUACCGAGUUGGGUUGCAUAAGAAUGGUGGCAUUCCCCGUGCUCUUAAUUCUACCAAUAGCAAUGAUCCACCUCUUGCUCUUAUGCCUGGAUUAUGUGCAAAGGCUGCAUUCUCUUUUGAAAAGAACAGGUACCUUUGGAGGGUAAAAGAAAGGAAGCAAGACUUGAUAGAGAAGACAGACAAGAGGGAAUGGUAUUGGAAGCCAUCAUAUGACGUGCGCCUUAAAGAACCUCAUGCUGCCAUAUCUGGAAUCAUCGGUGGCACUUUUAGCUCUUGGUUUGGAGGCAACGACACGGCUGGGUCCAAUGGAGAUGGAAACUUAACUAUGGGCCAUAAGAAAAGAAGUCCAUUGAAUGCUGAUCUUUUUGGUUCGAUUUGCUAUACUUUCCAACAUGGGAGAUUUAAAAAGCAAUUUGGUGACCUUACGAGGAUAGAUGCUCGUUUAGAUAUUUCAUCAGCUUCAGGGUUUGCCAAAAGAGUUUUUCGUGGUUUCAAGAAAUCUGUUGAUGAUCUUGAGAGAUCAAAAUCUUCCCCCAGACUCAAUUUGGUCUUUCAACAACAGGUCGCUGGUCCGAUUGUCUUCCGUGUAGAUUCCAGGCUUAUGCUCGAUUCUGCCUCUGGCAAGCACGGUCCCCAUAUCGAGAACACAAUAUACAGCUUAAAUUAUUCAUUUAGGCUUCUUCAAUCAGGCAAAGCUGUUUUCUGGUAUUCUCCCCAAAGGAAAGAAGGAAUGGUCGAGUUGCGCCUGUUUGAGUUUUGACUUUGACAUCAUUAAUUUCGGUUAGAGUUCGGUUGAUGCGUUCAAUUCUUGCCUUUUGACAAUGAAAUCGGCUUAUAUAGAGUUAGUUUAGCACUUGAUGAGCCCUUUCUUCCCAUUUAUUUAGUGUUGCACAACUCUUGCAGAUGUAGAAUAUACUAGUGCUGUACUUGUUUAUGUCACACAUUAGUUGCUCAAAAAAUAUGGGCAUCUGAAAUUAUUGAACUUGCAGCAAAAAGUUGGGCUGUUCUUUGUUCCUA